UUUACGGCAAAACGAACGAGAGCGUUGCAGAAAAUACCAGAGAGGGAGAACUAUUUUUCAACCUGCACUUUUAGUGUAUGUGAAGAGUGUUUAAAUUUGGUAAAUGAAUGUUUACUUAAACGGUGAAAAUGAUCGAGGUGGUUUGCAACGAUCGUCUUGGAAAGAAAGUCCGAGUCAAAUGCAACUCAGAGGAUACCAUCGGAGAUCUGAAGAAGCUCAUCGCAGCUCAGACAGGAACACGAUAUGACAAGAUCGUUUUGAAAAAAUGGUAUACCAUAUUUAAGGACCAUGUGACUCUAGGAGACUAUGAAAUCCACGAUGGGAUGAACCUGGAGUUGUACUACCAGUAGAUGAGAAGGACCACAAGUCAGAGAUGCUCAGACACAACUUCAUAGACACACAGCCAUGUUCAGCUGAAAGGGGGCGCCAUCCACCGGACAAAAACACACUGCUGUCAUAUUAGUCUCAGCAUAAGCAGUUAUUAUGGGAAAGUUAUGUUCUGGUCAAAAUCCAUUUCUUUUGAUAUUCUGUAAAUAAAUGCAGUGUGUUCACAA